AUGCAAGACUCGAGUAGCACCGUAGAUAUGGCAACCAUCUCGCUGAGCCACAGCUUCGACAGCCUUUCUAUGGACGAGGAGUUCAUGAACUUCCUGCUCGAUGGAUCGGCUGCACCGCAGCAGAUGCCCGUCGCCAUGAAGACCGAAGAUCAGGCGCGUACCCAAGACCCUAACUUGGUGCCCGAUCAAUUCGCCUUCAACGAGGGCAAUCCGACCGAGGAGGAAGCCGCAAGACCCUCACUGCCUCCGCAGCCCUCCUACACCUCCGCAACCACACAAGCAGCUCUCUCCCUGCCUCCGCCGCCUCCCACGCCACCGUCCGAUGGCCUGUCCCUUUCGUCGCCUGGCCUCGACGACCCCUUCGCAGGCCUCACGGACAUCUUCCCCAUCCUCGGCGACCUGGCAGAGCCCGUCAUGGAGCGCGAAGAGGAGAUCGAGAGCGGCAGCGUCCAGACCACCGCUUCCACGGCCGUGCCUCUCGUCAAGGUCAAGGAUGAGCCCAAGGAGCCGAAGCGCAAGAACUCGUCAUCAUCCUCUUCGAAGGAGAAGAAGGCCGCCCGCGCUGCCAAGAAGCAGAAGCUCGAGCCCCAGCCCUCCGAUUUCAUCGGGUCUCUGCGGGGGAUGAACAGCGCGCAGCUCGAGCAGUACGCCGAGACGCAGCCACUCACCGAAGCCCAGCAGACCGAGCUCAAGGAGUGGAUCAGGAAAAUUAAGAAUCGCGAAUCGGCUUCGCUGUCGCGGCAGAAUAGGAAGAACCACCAGCAGGAGCUUGAGAUCCAAAUCGAAGGUCUUGACACGAGCAACUCGCGCCUCAGGGAGCAGAUUACCGAGCUGCAGAUCGAGAAUCGCGUGCUCAAGAAGGAGCUGGACGAUUUCAAGACUCUCAUCGAGAAGAGCAACCUCGGCCAGGCCUUCGCCCUGUACAACAACACCAAGAAGGCCGCGCCGGCUCCCGUUCCUACGCCUACGCCCGCGGCCUCAGCCGCCCCUGUCGCCGCUCCCUCUCCUGCGCCGGCGCCCGCCCCUGUCGCCGCGCCUCCGACGGCCGUGCCCAGCGGUGGCAUCCAGCUCAGCGACGUAAUCCUCAAGGCGAUGUCCGGCGGCAAGCCCAACAAGGAAGGCAUGGCGCUCGUGCUCUACCUCCUCAUGGCGCUCCACUCCUACGGCCAGUACUGGAACAAGGUCACCGCGCAGCACCAGGUGCCCAUGCCCCAGCCCGACGAGGUCACCGUCCAGGCCUAA